AUGGUGUUCGUUAAGCCCACUGUCGGAAUCUCUCGUCUUGCUGGUACAGCAUUCAAAUCCUUCACCCACGGAUAUGCUCAGACUGUUGUCGCCGCUUCUCAGUCUUCCUACGCUUCGCAGAACACUGGUGUAACUCCUCUCGCAAGCAACUGGAUCCACCGCAUUGGCGGUAACCCCAGCACAUCUCAACUACAGCAUGUGCCGACACACACAAGCACCCAAGCAGCACGUCAGGACAACAACAACAACCAUGAUGGUCUAGCUCAAUACUACGAGGCAUGGCACAAACACCACAAGAACGGCGACCUUCGCGAAUGGCAACAGUUUCAGUUUCAAAAGUUGAUCGGAUACUCAGGCGCAGCAGCUGUUGAGAGCAAGGAAUUGGACGAUGUUCAGGAAAGCAGCGCGAUUGAGGAAGUGGAUGAGAGUUUGGAAGAUGCACCACAACGGGGCAACCUAAAGCGCGCAUACACGACUAGCGCUGUUGACAACUUUGGAAAGGCCAUCGACAACCAGGAAGCUGCAGCUAUUGCGUUCGCGCAGGUCAACGAAGCAAUUGCAGAGGAGAUCAGCAAGACCAAGCAAGAAGUCGAGGCUGCCGUUGACGUGGCGAUCGAGGAAGAUGCUGUUUCAGAAAGGACCAUCACCCCUGCUCGAGGCGGCCAAGAGCAGUUGUCCAGCGAUGUUCACGACACUGUUGCCGCUCCCAUCUCGGAACUCGAUGCGUACACACAGGAACUAGAAAUGAUGCUUCGCGACAAGCAGUAUUCACGCAUUCCUAGUAUCUUCGAGUCGAUGCUGUAUGCUGGCGUAAGGCAGCCUCCAGCUUCAGCCUAUCGUGCUUUGAUGACCUCGGCCAUCAAGCUCACUACUGGCAAACAUCAGAAGGUUCCCAAGGCCCUGGAAGUCUACUCGGAUAUGCUCCGCCGCAGAGUGAUUCCGGAUGCAGAGACUUACACUGCUCUGAUCGAUCUUCUGGCAAACAGAGCUCUGGAAGCUUCUGCUACCAAGAAGGUUCUUGAGGAAAAGCGUUCGCGUUAUGGUGGCAUGGAAGCCGAGGACAGCUUCCUCUUCCACUCGGAUGCGCUGGAAUAUGCCAUUUUUGCAGAGGAUGAGUCCUUGAGCAUUGCUUUGACGACAUUCAAUUCUGCUUCAACAAAGGUCGACCUCUCAACUAAAUCUUACGGUCUCCUCAUUCAUGCAUGUGCCAAGCAAGGACGCGUUUCCGACAUGAUGCGUCUGUUUGACCACAUGUCAGGCAAGGACAUUGUGCCCAACGCGAACAUCUUCCCUGCCAUGAUCAACGCAUUUGCGCUUACAGGAGACUUGCGCAACGCUGUGGACUGCUACGACAACUACAAGAAGCUGGCUAUUGAGAACGAUGCUGGACUGAACAGCAUGUCCAGAAUGGAUGAAGUUGUUUACUCUUCCCUGAUCAAGGCUUACGCUUCUUGCCAACACUUGAGUGGGGGCCAGAAGUUCCUGCGCGAGAUUGAAUCUCAUGAGCAGAAUGCUUUCAAGCGCCAAGCCAUCCGCGACACAGUUUUUGUCGAGUCCUUCCUUCCUCUUUCGCUCCAAACUGGUAAUUUCAAGGAAGCUUCCGCCAUUCUUGCCAAUGUCUCGAGCGCCGCUUCCGUCCACGCUCUGAAUGCGAUCGUCAUCGCUGCCGCUGACAACAACAAUUCGGACGAGAGCACCAAGGCGUUCAACGCCCUAGCUGCAGUCGGUGCUGACCUCGCUCCUUCCUCUAUGGCAAUGCUAGCAAUGCACGUUCGCAAUGCGAACCUCGAUGCAGCUGAACCCUACUGGCGUGUGCUUGAGAACUCUAUGGCUACUUCUGCCUUCAUUGAGCCGGCUACCAUGCGUGCGCUUGCUCUCAUCAGUGUUGGUCUUGCUACCCGUGGUAUCGCGCAGACUCGCCACAUGUUGAGUCGUAUAAGAGACGCUCAGAAUUCAGCAUCUGCCAACCACGAGAUUGCCGAAAAGGUUGAAGAGGUCAUCGAGGUCCUUGGCAGCUUUGCUUUGAAGAACAACAACACGCUUGAGCUUGGUGCCAGCAUGGAGCUUCUGCGUAUGAUGGUAGACAACGGUGCUCUUGUCAAUCCUAUCGCCGAGCACCUUGUAGCCUCCUUCGGUUCUCAAGAAAUCGCGCGGCUCAAUUCCAGUGACAUCGGUCUUCUGACUAAGGUUCAGUCGCGCAUGGUCCUAGACGAGGCGGCUCCCGAGAUUGCUGGUGAUGCCAGAUUUGCUUGCCUCCUCGAGAACAUUGUCUCCCGCGCCAUUCUUCCUGACGUCUCUACCGAGAACUUGAUUGAGAAGACCUUGAUCAACCUUGAUCGUAGUGAUCUGAGCCGCCUGUGGAACAACUACCGCUACCCCGUUCUUCCUUCGCCUGUCUACCCGCCUGUUGUCAACUUCAAUGCUUUCCCUCAAGCACCUAUGGUACCUGUUUCGCCGGUUUUCGAUGACGCUUUCGACCCUUAUGCCAGCCGAACUGACAACAAGGCUUCAGUCGCUAUUACUGACCUCCUUGAGAAACCUCAUGGAAAGUCUGCGUCCAAUUUGAAUGAGGCUCUCGCCAAGUUCCGCAACAUCCGCCGUGCUGGCCGCGUUCCGAGAUUCUUCGCCUACUCAAAGCUGAUCACUGCUGCCGCCAAGGAGAACCAAUUCAACCUCUGCCGUGAUAUUGUAGAGAUGGCCAAGCAGGACGUGCCUUUCCUCCCUCAAUACCGCGUAGUCAGAUUCGGAUGGGUCUCGAUCCUCGAUUCUAUGUUGUCAGCUUGCUUGACUGUUGGUCGUCGCGAUCUCGCUGCUCAGUACCACCAGGACUUGCUUGACAUGGGAGCCUCUCCUUCUGCUAACACUUACGGAUUGUACAUCACUACCCUCAAGGAGAACACCAAGACUUUCGACGAGGCUACUGAAGCUGUCAAGAUUUUCUUGCGCGCCAAGGCUGAGGGUGUCGAGCCUACUUCCUUCCUGUACAACGCCUUGAUCGGCAAGCUGGGCAAGGCUCGUAGAAUCGACGACUGUCUCUUCUACUUCGCUGAGAUGCGCAACCUUGGCAUUCGUCCUACCUCUGUUACCUACGGUACCAUUGUCAAUGCUCUUUGCCGUGUCAGCGACGAGAAAUUUGCUGAGGAGAUUUUCGAGGAGAUGGAAGCAUGUGCCAACUACAAGCCUCGUCCCGCACCUUACCACAGCUUGAUGCAACAUUUCUUGACCACCAAGCGAGACCGCAGCAAGGUGUUGAGCUACUAUGAGCGUAUGCGUUCUAAGGGUAUUCAGCCUACCAUGCACACCUACAAGCUUCUCAUCGACACUCAUGCUACCCUCGAACCUCUGAACAUGGCUGAGGCUGAAAGCGUCCUCGCCGAGAUGCGUGCUGCAGGCGAAAAGCCUGAGGCUGUUCAUUAUGCUGCGCUCAUUCAUGCUAAGGGUUGCGUACAGCAGGACAUGGCUGGUGCUCGUGCUCUCUUUGGCACUGUCGCUUCGGAUUCGAAUCUCAAGCUCCAGCCUUGCGUCUACCAGGCUAUGUUCGAGUCUCUUGUUGCAAACCGUCAAGUUGCUGAUGCUGAGCCCUUGCUCGCUCACAUGGCUGCCCGCAGAGUCGAGAUGACUCCUUACAUUGCCAACGCUUUGAUUCAUGGUUGGGCAUUGGAGAAGGACAUCGUGCGUGCUCGCCAGGCUUUCGACCGCAUCAACUUCGCCGACCGUGAGCCCAGCACAUACGAGGCUAUGGUUCGUGCCUACCUUGCUGUCGAAGAUCGCGAAGGCGCUCAGGCCGUCGUUGGUGAGGCUUUGAGUAGGGGCUACCCUACCGCUGUUGCCAACAAGAUUGUUGAGCUCAUCAGUGGUGGCAGACAAUAG